CCGGGUACGCGCACGCACAUUUUCUGCGAGACUGCGCGAGGUCUGCUGUCAGUCACCGGGAGACCGCCAUGUCCAAAGAGCAACAGACCCCCCGUGAGCCUGAGCAGCUCCGAAAACUCUUUAUCGGGGGUCUCAGUUUCGAGACGACAGACGAGAGUCUAAGGGCCCAUUUCGAGCAAUGGGGAGCUCUUACAGACUGUGUGGUGAUGAGGGACCCCAACACAAAGAGGUCGAGGGGUUUCGGGUUUGUGACCUAUAGUUCAGUGGGUGAGGUGGAUGCAGCGAUGGACGCUCGUCCGCACAAAGUCGACGGAAGAGCUGUUGAACCCAAGAGGGCGGUUUCUAGAGAAGACUCGUCCAGACCAGGCGCUCACUCCACAGUUAAAAAGAUUUUUGUGGGCGGAAUCAAAGAAGACACGGAUGAGGAGCACCUGCGCGAGUAUUUCUGCCAGUUCGGUAAAAUUGAAGAAGUGAACAUCAUGACAGAGAAGAACAGUGAUAAGAGGAGGGGGUUCGCCUUCAUAACGUUUGAUGACCAUGACUCCGUUGACAGGAUUGUCAUUCAGAAGUACCAUACAGUGAAUGGACACAACUGUGAAGUCAGGAAAGCUCUCUCCAGAGAGGAGAUGAACCGAGUCUCAAUGACUCCACGAGGUGGGCGAGGGGGUGGUGGCGGCGGAAACUUUGGCAGAGGAGGUGGUGGAUAUGGAGGAGGCGGAGGAGGAGGUGGUGGUGGAGGAGGAAGAGGAGGAGGAGGUUACGGUGGAAAUGAUGGUGGAUAUAACGGCUACGGAGGGAAUGGCGGCUAUGGUGGAGGCGGGCCGAAUUACGGUGGUGGAAACCGUGGUUAUGGAGGAGGAGGUGGUGGAGGAGGCGGUUAUGGAAACCAAGGUGGAGGAUACGGUGGCGGCGGCGGAUAUGAUAACUACAACAAUGGUGGUGGAGGAGGCAACUUUGGAGGAGGCAACUUUGGAGGUGGCGGUGGUGGUGGCAGUGACUAUAAUGACUUUGGCAACUACAACAACCAAUCUUCCUCUAACUACGGGCCGAUGAAGGGGGGAAACUACGGAGGUGGUGGUGGAAGGAGCGGUGGUGGCGGCGGCGGCGGCGGUCCAUAUGGUGGUGGUUAUGGAGGAGGCUCCAGUGGUGGUUAUGGAGGCAGCUCUGGCGGGCGAAGGUUUUAAAUACCAGGGCCACAGUACUUAGAGGAGAGCCAGAGAGAGAUGACAGGGAAAGGAGAGAAGCAAGCAGGUUUACACCUAGAUCUGCCCAGCCAAGCAGCGUGGUGGCGAUAUUAACGUCUGCCACGCGAAGAGAACGUGUUCAGUAGGGGAGGAAAAUCAUGUGGGAAUGGGGUUGGGGGUCUUGAAAGUGUUAAAAAAAAAAAAAAAGAAGAAAAAAGGAACGUUUCAAAAGUACUCUUGUCCUUGAAGACACUUACUAGUUUGUAGUUUUCCCUCCCUUUUUUUUUUUUUUUUUUUUUUUUUUUUUGUUGUUGUCUAUGAAGUGCAAAGCAUUCCAAUGAGGAUUUAUGCAGGGUUUAAUUGUGUUGGCUUUUCUCUUGAACCAGUAAGGUGUCUGUCUUUUGCUUUUCUUUCUUUUUUUUUUCUUCUUUUUUUUAAAAUGUAAACAGUCACCAAUCAAGAUUAAAUAAACCGCUCCAGUUUUUUUAUUUAA